CCGACCACAAAUUGAAAACAGCCCUAUUUUACGCAAAAAAAAAAAAAAUGCACAUCUGUUAAAAUUAGUGUGUUGAAGUAAGAUUUCGAAUUUCGAUGCAUGUAUUCUAUUUUGAUUUGAAAACGUUGACGCUUGACGGUGACAAGUGAACGCAUUUUUUUUAUUGUAAUUGUUUUGUAUUUAUAAAAUUGAGCCCGUAAAAUAGGUACAUAGACACCUACACACUAACAUGAUGAUUAUGUGAAUGUUUGGUGCGUGGAGUGUGUAAACACUAAAGCAGUUUUAAAAACCAAGAAAUAAAAAAAAACCUGACAGAAGAAGAAACGAUACGACGAAGAGAAUUUAAAAAAAAAGUAAAACAUUUAUCUCAACAAAACUCAAGCUGAAAGCGAAAUCGUUCAUUAUGUUGAAACUUACACAUUUCCACCUGUUUGCCAUUAUUUUACUUCGACUUCUGCCAUUUGCUCCGUUAAUAAACUCUUCGAAUGUGAAGACAACAAAGCCACCAAUGUCAUUAGGAGUGCACAUGGUUCGCUCGCCAGAAUCGAUCGUUGCCCCAAAAGGCGACGAAGUUUUGUUUGAAUGUGAAUUGAAUCUGAUACCAGAGCGCCUAAAGUGGCGUUUUCGACCCACUAAUUCGACAGCAUCUGACUCGUUUCAGUAUUUACACAAGGCAGAUUCUUACAAUAUAUCCAAUGAGGAACGAGUAUCAAAGCUACGAAUUUAUGUGAGUCCUGAUUCUCUUGGGGAUUAUCAGUGUGUAGCUUGGUUUGGAUCAGCAGCAAUUGCUUCAGUAACAGCAAGUUUGACACUUGCAUCAAUCAGUGUAGAUAAAUCAAAUGGGUUUUCAAAUAAAGCUGUUCAAUGGAGUGUAGCAGCAAAAAAUUGUAUUGUAGUCCGCUGCGGAACGGUAAUAUCUAAUCCACCAGCAGUUUGGACAUUCUAUCGAAAUGGCAUAAAAAUACCAUCAACUGAAUUUCUUCCUUCCUCUGGAGGUCUUGUUCUUAAUUCGGUUUCAGCUAAAGACUCUGGAAACUAUACCUGCUGCGCUAUGAACGCAAUUACUGGAAUCGAUGUUCAACUUCCUCAACGAAUAGACAUUCGCAUUGAUUAUACUGAAAGGACUCCACCACACUUUCUUAUCCAACCGGCGGAUAGCUUGACUGCCAAACCGGGUGAGAAUAUUGUUUUGGAAUGUCCUGGGGUAGGAAGUCCACCUCCAGAGGCAGUAUGGAGUAGCCCUGAUGUCUCGAAUAUAUAUCAUAAUCGGACAAAGACACUUCCUUACGGACUGCAGAUUGUAAAUGUUACCCCGGAAGAUAAAGGAACCUAUGUUUGCCGACUGGAUAAUGGAAUUUCACCAGCCCUCGUUCAUAUUAUAAAGUUGCAUGUUUUAGAGCGCCCCCAAAUAUUACGUGGUCCAGCAGCGACUCUGACCGAUGAGGGAGAAUCAUUGGAACUAGAAUGUUUGACUACUGGAAAUCCAGCUCCUCACAUAUACUGGCUAAUAAACGGUGAAUAUACUUCGCAAGAUAAUGAAACAUACCAGGAGAAUAGACACUUAUUUAUAAAGCGUGUGGAGAAAAGACAUGCUGGUAUUGUGCAGUGUGUAGCAAAAAACAUAGUUGGAGAGACAAGCGAAGGCAAUCUUCUCCAAGUCAAUCCAAGACAAAUUCCGGGUGAAUCGGGGUUUGUGCCACUUGAACGUUUUCCCCCUAAGCCAAUAUCGGAACAUUCAAGCAACAAGAAUAAAGAAAAGCGGAAGCAUCAAGCCGCAAACAUGACUCUACCUACUCGUCCAAAUGUGACCCGUUUAUCAGAUGAUUCUGUGAUGCUACGUUGGAGUGUGGAGAAUUAUGGUCUUCCAAUACAAUUCUUUAAGGUACAGUAUCGUAUGUUGGGUGAUCUCGCAAAGAUCAUACCCCGAGAAAAUUGGCAAACAACCGACGACAUGAUUCCUUAUGGAAAGAGAGAUCGAACUCAUAGUGGUCACAAAAACUUUACUUCAUCUGUGUCCAAUCUCAAAGCGGAUCGCUUAUACAAAUUUCGAAUCAUAGCAGUCUAUUCAAAUAACGACAACAAAGAAGGAGACAGCUCCACUAAGUUCUUGCUGCAAAGAGGGUCAGCCCUAGGACCAUCUAUGGGUCACUUACCUCCACCAUUGUUAACCGAAGUCGAAGCCGUUUCGGAAACUGCAAUAAUGCUGCAUUGGACACUGGCAUUCAAUAGAUCUAAUAAAGUGGAUGGCUUCUACGCGUAUUAUAGGCCUGCAUCGACAGCUGGGGAGUAUCUCAAAGCAACUAUUGAUGGAUGCAACACGCGAAAGUAUCAAAUUGACAUGCUUGAACCCGGAACUGCCUACGAAUUCAAACUGCAGUCAUUCACAGCAUCUGCAGCUUCAGAUUUUAGUUCGAUUCUACAAGGGAGAACACAAAAACCUCCAACUACUGUAUCGCCAAUAACACCAUCUGUUAUACCAGCCACUAAGGCCAACGAAGAAGACAACUCCAUAUAUCCUGUUGUAGCUGGAGUUGGAGGCGGUGGAAUUCUUCUCCUUUUGGCAAUAAUAGCAGCAUGCCUGUGUAUGCGAAGACGGAAGAAUUCCCAAUCUGGAGACGAAGACAAACCACAAUUGGAUACCAUCCAAGCUGAAUUUGUUACAUCAUCAGUGAUUGGAUCACAAAGUCAUAAACCGAAUCAUCGCAUGAACGGUGUUUUGCCAAGAAUGAACAUCACACCGAACCCUCUGGCAUUAGAUGGUGACAAGCCUGCGACAACAACGAUGUCAACCCUCCCAUACCACCAUCGAACAUCUCCACCAACGCAAUCGCCUAUAAUGUUACAAAAACAAAUUCACCCUCACCAUAACCAUAACCAUAACCAACUACAACAGCACCAACAUCCUCCCCCAGUGCCACCACAUCAAAACAACAACCAUCAUCCGCCAACAAUGCAUUAUCAACCGCCCCCAUCACCGCUUACUCCAUCAAUGGAAGUCCACCGGCGCACUUUGGAGCGCAGUGCACGAAACCUACACUAUACUCAGCCAGGGGGAGGUGGGGUGUCCCCACACGACUCUGCCAUGAACAUAGAUGGCCUACCAACACGUAUUCCCUCUCUGAGACGAACAAGAAGAACGUCCGGCAGUACGAACAACAACAACGGUGGUGUCGGUAUCCCAAUAGUGCCAGGAAGUCCUCGUGUCCAGCGUUCGCCAAUGCCAAACAGAGGUGGCCAGGGCACUGGUGGAGGAAUGAAGAAGAGGAAUAGAUUGGGAAGUCAUACAGAAAAUAUGUCAUCUGGAAGUUUGAAUAGUAUUGAGGUUUGAGAUAUGGUAGGUUACAAAAUGUGGAUAUGUCAUGAUGGUGAAUUUUAAAACUUGUUCCUUUGUUUGACAUUUUAUGUGUGCAAUUUUACUGCCGUAAUGCCCCAUAAUUUGUCUUUAACCAUCAAUAGGUAUUCACAUAAUAAGUAUGUAUGUAUGUAUAAUCGAAGCCACUUAAUUCAAGUCCUGCAUUCAAUUGACUAAAUUAACAAUUUGAAUAUAUUUUAAAAUUUAUAAUAACAUUUUAGUUGCGACAAUAGGCAGAAAAGUGAAAUAUUAAUGUUUGUAUUGGGAAACAGACAAAUAUUGGUUAUUUGAAUAUGUCAAAGUACAUAAAAUAUUUAUGAAGCAAUGAAAACAUCACCCCGUCCGAUAUGGACCGCUGAAAUUAUUUAAGACCAUUAGGACUAGGAUGUAGUCAUCUUUUUGAGGCAUGCUGAAUUGUUCGGUUUGUUUAAAUGAAUUGAGUUAUUAAUUACUUAAAAUUUUUGUUAAAUCUUAAAAGCAAAGUUUUUUCUAUUUAAUUGCAUAUCAUGUAAUUAUAAGAUUAAACAUUUAAAUGAAAGAAAACACCGCUGCGAUAGCCAUUUCAAUCGAUCUAUGGCGAUGAUAUGCGACAUCAACUGAUCAAUAACUUGUUUGACAUAUUAAUAUUUUCUCAAUAUGCAAUAUUUUCAUUGAUCAAUGUAAGAAUUGAAGAGGAACUAAUUUGUUUUAUUUAUAAAUGCAAAACUCGACAAAGUUAUUUAUGUUAAUUAUUGGUUGAAAUUUUGAAAAGUUACAAUUCCUUUUUAUCAUUUCAAUUAGUUACAUUUGUAUGUAAGCAUUUCACUUUUUGUUUUAGCUACAUGUAUCUUUAGCUUCCUUUUAAAAGUGUAUUUACAUACAUUAAACUAGCUUUUCGAUGUCUAUAUUUUUUAUUUGAAUUCAAGUACAAUUUUAAGUAUAAAUUUAGAACCAGUGUAAAGCAAAACAGCUUAACAACAUAACAAUGGUCAUCUGCUUGAAGCGGUAGUGGCAAACGAACCACCAAAAUCUGUUCUGGCGGAAAAUAUGGACUCUCCAUUACAUAAUGAUGGUUUUCAAUGCAGAUACGAACUUCAUCAUCCCAAUUGUUAAUUUUUUAAAAAUGUAAAUACUUGUCUUCAAACCAAAAUCAAAAUGCAGUUGAUCAAGUACUUCUGAUAAAAUUAUAACAUUUGUUUUCUCGUUUUGUUUUCACAAAACCAGAAUCGAGUUGCUGAUAUCAAUAGUUGUAUAAGAGUAGAGUGGAAGUUGAGGGAAAACUGCUUUCUUCUGUGUUCUUAAAAUACACCUAAAUGAACUUGAAAAAAGAGAAAUUCUCUUCUGGAUUUGAAAUCAGAAGCAUUCACACAGUGUUACUUUUAAAUAUCAUUUUUUG